CGUCACGUCACUAUUUAUGGCCAAGUUAUGUUAACAACUGAGUAAUGUUUAUUGAACAUGUUUUCGUUGAUUAUUCAAUGUGAGCAUAACUUAAAAGAAGAAUAAGUACAUUGAUCAGUAGUUAGUACGCAUGUAUAAUAGGAGCUUAGAUUCGUGUGUAUCAGUUUGAGAAGAGGUUUCCUUCUUGCUGCAGUUCUGUGUCUUUUUAUAAUGGAUAGUGACGACGAUUUUCCCGUGUCUUCUCAAAGUGUAAUUAACCAGGAGUAUUCGGACACUUUAUUAACACAAGAGGACAAUUUUAACAUGUAUUUCAAUGAUGAAAAGAUUAAACCUAUCUACAGCGAUAUAAGCAGUGAUAAUGAUGAAACUGUGGAAAUUAAACCAGCUGAGGUAGACACCCGGUUCGCAUCACCUAUAACCGACGAUGCGAUGUCAUCUUUGACGAAGAAAAUUAUUCCGGGAACAACUGAAAAGACAAUAUCAUGGGCAUGUCGACUCUUUGAAAGCUGGAGAAAGGCUAGAAAUGACAAAAUCCGACAAGGAGAUACAUCUGGUCAUCAACUGAGUUUCAUAACACGUGAAUUAGACUUUUUAAACGAUGAUGAACUAAGUUAUUGUUUGAGUAGGUUUAUUGUCGAAACCAGGAAAGCUGAUGGCAAUGAAUACCCACCUAAAACGUUACGCCAACUGGUUUUGCUCAUUCAAAUGCACUUGAAUAACAUUGGCCGCCCAGUUAAACUGUUAUCAGAUCCGAUUUUUAAUGAGCUCAGGAAUACUCUCGACAACUCUAUGAAAAUUGGUGCCAGUAAAGGGAAUGGAUUAUUGACGAAACAAGCUGAUGUAAUUUCUAUUGAUGAAGAAAAUAUCAUGUGGAAACAAGGUAUUUUAGGAAAUUCGAAUCCACAAACUUUGCUGGACACGAUUGUGUAUCUUUUUGGAUUAAACUUUGCUUUGCGGAGUGGUGGUGAGCAUCGUAAUUUAACUUUGGAUCAGUUAUGCAUAGGCGAAAAUGAACAGGCACCUUAUCUAAGAUAUACAGAGAAAAUUAGCAAAACUAAUCAGCGUGGACUGAAAGAAUUUAGAGUGAAUCCCAAGUGUGUGACGGCAUAUGGAAGUGACGACCCUAAAAGAUUCAUAGUGAAGCUGUAUCAGCAAUACUUGAGUUUGAGACCUGAACAUGCUAUGUCUAUGGUAUAUCUGCGACCAUUGAUUAAACCAACAGAAAAGAUGUGGUAUGCAGCAGCACCUGUUGGCCGGAAUACACUGGCGAACACCGUCACAAGGUUAUGUGAAGCGGCUGGAUUUAAAGGAUUCUUCACUAAUCAUUCCUUGAGAGCUACUUGUGCGACUCGCCUGUUUAGAUCUGGUGUGGAUGAACAGCUCAUAGCAAAGACCACAGGACAUAGAAGUAACGCUAUACGCGCAUACAAGCGAUCGAACACCGCACAAGAGGCCUUUGUUAGUAGUGUGAUCCAAGGCCAGAGUUCAUCGUCUACUACUGUCCAGUCAUCUAAACGACCGCUGUCUGACGAUCCAGAUACCACUUCGGAUGGUAAACGACGGAGGAGUGUACAUAUUUCAUUAAAUAUAAAUUGUUAAUGUGACAUUAAAAAAAGAAAAAUGUACUGAAAUUGUGUUGUAUUUCUUUCAAUCAAAAUUAGAGCAAGGCAUUAAUAUUGCGAUUUGGCCAUUUUUGGCCAUUAAAAAUUGCUGCUUUAGAUUUGAAUUUGUUGGGACAGGAGGUGGGAGGGGGCGAAGAAAGUAGUCCCAGUCAUGGUAUAACUAACAUUUCAGUUGGUUAUACCACGCCGAAGAUCAAAGAAGUUAUGGUCUAAUUGAAUUUAAUUUGUGUUUGACAUCAUUGUACUCUGUCAUAUACUCUUCGUUUUCUAUUAAUUUUGUAUCAAGGUUUUCAAAUUGUUGUAUAAUAUCUGCCUUUAAAUUUCGUCGAACCUUUUGUUUUUGUUUUGUAUACUUAAUCGUGCAUAGUUUGAUUUUAUACUUUACAUAGUCCCAUAGUCCACGCUUAUCGGAGGGAUUAAAAUAUUCCUGUUUCCAUACUUUUAGUUCAGAAAAAAUUAAUGCCUGAUAAAUUUUAUCUGUUAUAAGGGUAGAAUUAAACCUCCAAAGGUUUUGGCCCCCUUUAUGUUUGCAAAAAUUUAGACAUAUCUGUAUUGCAGAAUGAUCACUAAAGGUACAUGGAAUGAUUGUUGAAGACUUUAUGUUAUUUAUCGUAGAUUCAGAGACUAGCCAAAAGUCUAUUCGGCUGUGAAUUGUGGGUCGUUUUUGUUUCCACGUAAACUGUUUGACGAGAGGGUUAAGGUUUCUGAAUAUAUCAAUAAGAUCAACGUUAUUCAUGAUUUUGAAAAUUUGGUUCUGCCCUUUCUUUUUAAUUCGAUAAUUUCCACCCAUUCGGUCGUAUUCUUUAUCUAGAAUGUUAUUAAAAUCUCCUCCGAUGAGAACGGUUGUAAUUUUAUUAUUAACUAUUUGUUUUAUUUCGUUCUGUAAAAUUUGGAAAUAUUCAUUUUGAUCUCUGUCAUUUAUUGGACUGUAUGUAUUUGCAAUUGUGUAUGAUUUGUCUUCUAUGCUAAAUCGUGCUAUAUUAUAGUAACCAUUUUUGUCAUUAUUAUGCCCAAUGAAGUCAAUGUUCGUUAAAUUUGAACCACAAAGGAUGGCGGUGCCCGCCGAGUUACUCUUGCCAUGCGCAUAAAUGAUUGUACCUCCCCAUUCAUCGGUCCACAGCUUUUCGUCACCUAAUGUACUGUGAGUUUCUUGAACCAGUAUAAUAUCAAAGGCUUUGUCUUUUAACCAAAUGAAAAAUUUUCUUCUUUUAAUUUUAUCCCUGAGGCCGCGAAUGUUAAUAGAUACAAUUUUUUAUGUGAUUGUCAUUGUUAUAGAGAGUUAAA